AUGGACGUCGAAGAUGAUGUUGAAGAAGAAUAUCGUGAUACAUUUGUUUCGAAUAAUAACAAUGCAAAUGAUGAAUAUCAUCAAAAACAAUCAUCAUCAUCAAUGGUCAUUGGAUCUUCGGAUACGACGACGUCGAUGAUGAUGAAAAAACCAUCAUCAUCAAUGAUUGAUCAAGAUCAACAUUAUUCAUCCAUUCCUGGACUGAAAUGGAAUAGUCAAAUAAAUUUAGCACAAAUGUAUCGUAUGCGACCAAAAUUAUGUGAUGUAUGCCUAGUAACUGAUGAUGGUUGUCAUAUUUAUGCACAUCGUAUUGUAUUAUCAUCAACUUUGCAUUAUUUUUCAACAAUGUUUAUUGGUCAAGAUUUUUCAACGGAAUCUUUUGAUGAUUCUAUUGGUAAAAUGCAAGAUGAUGACCAUGAUGAUGAUCAGAAUAAUCAUCAUCAGAAUACAAUAUCAUCAACAUAUAAUAUAAAUUUUAUUGAACAAAAUCAAUAUGAAAUAUCGAUAAAAAAUCUGGAUGGUAAUAGUUUGAAUGAAAUUAUAAAAUAUUGUUAUCUUGGUCAUUGUAAUAUAAAUGAAACGAAUGUAGAAUUAUUAUUAUCAGCUGCAACAAUGUUGAAUUGUAAAGAUAUUAUAAAAAUUUGUUGUGAAUUUCUUUGUUCACGGCUGAAAAUUACAAACGCAAUUGGUAUCAAUACAUUUGCCGAUAUAAUGAGCCUAAAAGAUUUGAAAGAUUUUACAUUUCAAUUUAUUCUGAAUAAUUUUGUAAAAAUUAUACAAAAUGAAGAAUUUUUACAAUUAUCAUCCCCGGAACGUAUUAUUGAAAUUAUAUCUUCAGAUUAUCUGGAUACAGGUGAUGAAGGUGAACAUAUUGUCCUAUCAGCUAUUAUAAAUUGGAUUAUGUAUAAUUAUAAUGAACGACAAAAAUAUUUAUCCAAUCUAAUUAAACAUAUAAGAUUUCCAAGAUUUAAUCAAGAAGAAUUAUUUAAUAUUGAAAAUGAAUAUCCAUUAGUUAAAAAUGAACCCGUUACAAAAGAUUUACUUAUUGAAGCAUUAAAAUAUCAUUUAAUGAAAAAUUCAUGUGAUAUUAAUUCAUUAUUACAAUUAUCAUCAUCAUCAUCAAAACAUUUUAAUUCAAUGAAUGAUAUAACCACGACGAAUGAAAAUGAUGAUAAAACAAUGACUGAAUAUCUGAAAAAUUAUCAAUCAACAUCAUCAUCAUGGUAUAAUACUGGUUGUGGUGGUGGCGCUGUUGCUGGUAUUAAAUAUUUAUCACCACAAUUAAUAAAAAAUAUACCAAAAGUAUUUGAUUUAAAUAAU